AUGGUCGCAGACGCUUAUCGAAGAUUUCGUAUUACUGAACCACUCAGCACCCAAACACAAACCGUCAAGACAUCUGCUCCGAAAAAACCAUGUCGACCUUCGCACUUUUUGCAAUUGUCACGAACUUGGGAUAUGGGAGGUCGAAACGUUCGUGAAAAGAUACUGGAAGAGUUCCUAUUCGCAAACAGCAACAAGACUGGACCUCAGAUUGAACGUGAUUUAGGGAAUGGAGCUAGUUUGUUCUUGACUCGAGUUACUGCUUGGUUGAGGCUCACGUACUUGCUGGGAUACGACCUAUCGUUACAGCUACGCGUAAUUUCAGUGUUUGUUGGCGCUACAGAUGCCCCACGAUUUAUGGCCGAAUUCAUGGAAAUCGGGGGGGUGUUAACUGUGCUUGAGAUACUGGGGUUGAAACAAGUCAGCGAGACCGACAAGGCUGAUGCCGUACAAGUAUUGAAAAACAUUGCACAAGCAGGACGUCGAUACAAGGAGUUUAUUUGUGAAAGCUAUGGCAUAAGGGCAGUUGGAGAAUGCCUAGCUAAAGCGCGUUCACAAGGUCUUAGCGAGCCGACACGGGACGUGUUGGUUUUGAUGGGAACGAACAAUCCCAAAUACAGCAGUCAAGUGUUCAAAUUGCUACUAUCCAUAUUUACGACCAACUCUCCCAAUCCAAUCUGUCAGCAAGUAGCCGGCAUGGGGCUUCGACAACUACUGCCUUCGAUACCGUCUUUCAACCCAUCUAUUGUCGAAUCUGUAUUGGCGUUGUUGAAACAUCCAAAUCCCACCGUCCAAAUAGAAGCAUACGACAUUCUCCAAGAACUUGUCAAGAGAUCAACCCUUCAAGACACUUUACUCUCGCAAUUAGUAUCUAUACUGAAAAUAUCGGUUGAUCCCACGGGAGAUGAUCACUCUGAUGAUAUUUGGACAAGAGAAGCUACGACUACCGGUCCUCCACCACAAUUCAGCAAUUCAUCUGACAAGAGUGAAGAAUACGCAAAAAUCGUUUUGGAAGCUUCUACAGCUGUUUAUCAACAGCAAUCGUAUGUUUCUAAACUAUUGGGGUCCUUUGCUGCUACAUCAGAUGCGCUUGGUGUUCGUAUGGUUCAAAUGCAAGUUGUGAGCGGUUUACUCAACACAAUUGGAAACGUUGGGUAUCCAAAGAGUCAGCACUUUGCUACGAAUACUUUGCUCUUUUUGACGGAACGACAUGCUAUCGUUGCAAAGACAUUACAAGACUGCAUGGGACAAAACUUUUAUGAACUGUUGCAGAACAAGCCCGAUACUUUCUACCGUGAACUCAACAAGGAACAAGUACGAUUCUUACGACGAAACACAGUCAAAGUGCUAUUUGCGGACGAUGACCUCAUCGACGAUGAUGAAUUUGCACCAUCUCCUUCGACGUCUGAUGAUGAUGAAGAUGUUCAAAUUGAGGGAGCAGUGGCAGAGAAACGAGCCAAGAAGAAGAGAAGUCCCAUGUUCCCAGACACGGAGGGCCAAUCAGCGCGAUCCCCUUCGAUUCAAUCAAUCACAAGCAUGGAGGAAUUGAGAAUGGAAUCAGCCACCGCCGCUACUGUUGUCGUCCCGGCUGAACGACCACUUUCAGUUAUUGAGUCGAUACUUGGUGAACCUCUUGAAGAGGAAGCACAGACACACCAAACGAUGUAUAUACCAUAUGGUGGAACUCAUGUUCAGAAUACUGCUGGAGCUUCGUUUGCGGCAAAUCCAUUCGUAUCGUCAACUGCAUCACAAACAGCCGAAGACAGAUUCGAUGGUGAAUUUGAACGCUUCAAGACUACGAUUGCUCAAGUCGUCAAACAAAGGGAGGAAUUCGAUUCAACAGCUGAAGCUCAACUUAACAAGAUCAAGGAGAAGAAUGCUGCUCUUAAAUUCGUGUCGGAGGAGGAAGAGACACGGAAUGCUUAA